CUGUAGCUGGCGAAAAUGGAUCCGUCCCCCACGAGGCAGCAGUACGGCUCCAAAAAGAGGGUUAAAAUCCACCCCAGCACUGUCACGGUGAAGUACGCCACGCAUUUCCCCCAGCCGGGCGAUGAGGGAUACGAUGACGCCCCGUCUUUUGAGGACUUCGGCUCAUUCAUGGACAACAACCCGAGCAAGAGACUGGUGUCAGAGAGCGGUCACGGCAGGACUUUAUUCGGCACUAUGGAUCCUCAUCCCAAAGCCGAUCAGAGAGAUAAAGGAGUGGGCGGUCAGCUGGCGAGCUUUGGCGAGGCCUCGGUCAUGGCUUCGCGAGUCACCUGGGGGGCCCUUUUUGGGGCGGCCAUUGCGCACGGUUGCGUGGCCCUCAUUACACGCCUAGCAGCCGACCGCUCCAAAGUGCCAUCAUUAGAGCUCAUCUUCAUCCGAUCGGUGAUCCAAGUGUUGUCCAUACUGGUGGUCCUC